AUGUAUUUUCUUGCCAACAUUUUCGCUGGGUCCAAGGACGCCGCAUGCACGUCUGCAUCCACUUCUACACAUACCCACAUAGACAAACACGUCACCUCCGCCAACUCCGACAACGACUGGGAAAUCAUAACGCCAGAAGAAACCACUGGCUUCUACACCGACCGCAUCACUCUCUUUCUGGGUCCGCAACUAGAUCAACCUUAUCACAUUCUACUCACCGAUAUUCCCAAGUCCUCCAACCUACUUACUUAUCUCGCUGCUCUCGACCCCGCACAUCGUUACCUGCACAUUGCAGAGCUCGAGACAGAAAUGGUAGCAGCGUACAUCAGAAUACUAAAUCUACAAGUCGAUGCACUGGCAAUUGAAGCAUCGUGGCUCGAUAUCAUCGAGCUAGCCAUCACAGCGGAAGCAAUGCAAGACGAGCGGACGGAAAACCGAGCUCUAUGCGUACUGCGACAAAAGGGCGUGCUAGCGGCUGCACCAAGGGAUUCACUGGACCUAUUUAACCACGAAGAGUAUGCUUUUGCGAAGCAGUACCGAGCCAGAACGGGGAGAGGUGAGAAUCUGAUGCGUGUGUUGCGUGAGAUUAUGGAGGUGGACAUGGAGCGAUCAGGGCUACGCCGGGAGAAGCUGAGGAAUCACCAGGGUGCAAAGUCUAGCUCGAAGAUGCCACACCAGAGAGUUCCGUUAGCUAAAUGA